AUGCCCACUUGCCCAGCUAGCUUGCUCCGUAACGUGGAUAGCUGCUGUUUGCUAUUAGCUACUUCACUUUGUACUGUAAAACUCAUCUGAACUUCAGCUGUGAGUCAUUAUGUCGUUCUGCUUCAAUUUUGACGUAGAUGCACCAACAAACACGCAGGACAUGCUGGGAAAUGCAUCGUUAAAUGACAAGAUUGACCGUGUCGUGAAAAGGGUGAAUGACAGUGGCAACCCAGAAGAAACCGUAAAAGAGGCCAAAGAACACUUUCCACCCUCUGAUCCUCAGCACCUACUCGAUGACGCCAUUUCUGAAACCCUCACCAUCGGCAGUCUUCCUCCCCUACACUUCUUGAACGAGACUGUUUUUGAGAAGACGAUCUAUGAGAGGGAGGACACGGAGAACGUUCUGUCCCGCACGGCCGAGCAGAGAUCUGACCUCAUCUCGGGAGUGUAUGAGGGGGGACUGAAGGUGUGGGAGUGCACGUAUGACCUCCUAGAAGUAAUCGAGAGGGAAGGCGAGACAUUCGGCGGCAAAGGCAUUUUGGACCUCGGCUGUGGUGCCGGGCUUUUGGGGAUUUUGUCCUUGAAGAGAGGUGCCAAUAAGGUUCACUUUCAGGAUUACAACAGUACAGUCAUUGAGCAGCUCACCAUGUCUAAUGUCAUUAUCAAUUGCCAAGAUGAUGACGGCGAGGAUGAUGAGCAAGGUAAAGGAAAAGGUAUAAGAAAAACCGACAAAGAAAACGACAAGUGUAAGACAAAAGCAAAACAUGACAGAAAAGAUCUGUUGCCAAGGUGCCGGUUCUUUUCUGGUGACUGGCGCACCUUUCUUACUUUGGUCUCAAGUCAAGACCCACCACUAAAAUAUGACAUUAUCAUGACUUCAGAGACAAUCUACAACACUGCUUAUUACCUUGCACUACACAACACCUUCCAUAAACUGUUGGCACCGCAGGGACGUGUCUACUUAGCAACCAAGUCCCACUAUUUUGGCGUGGGUGGUGGCCUGCACCUGUUUGAGACUUUUGUGGCAGAACAGGGAGUUUUCAAAGUGAAUCACUUGUGGGAUAGUGAAAACGGACUUCAGAGACACGUUGUCACUCUGCAUUUUAAAAAAGAAUUGCAAUAAUUCACCGGUACAAAGCAAAAAAGUGUAUUAAUUUGUAAAGUGUUUGACUCAAAUAUCGUUAAUGUAGACUGUACUCCAGUGGUCCCCAACCUUUUUUGCAUAAUGAACCACUAUGAUGUGGGCCUUUUUUCACGGACUGGCAAUGUUUGGCAGAAAAAUACAUUAAAUAAACACGACGGGACUAAAAACGAACGUAAAGUAUUACGAGUGGGAACCUCUUGGUACCUCUAGAUACGAUAUGAUUUACAAUACAGAGCUCUCGAUAACAAUGAUCUGACGAUAUGGCGAUACAACGAUUAUCGAUACAUUGGUCAGGAAAUCAUUCUAGGAUAUUCUGCAAACAACUAAUUAACAGAAAAAAAAGCUUCAAGUGUGAAUUGGAAUUUAUCACUAGUAGAAGUCCAAUCUGUUUGAAGUGGGAGGGUGGCAGCGAAUGAACAUUCGCUGCCAUCCGACCCACUUCAAUCAAAUUUGACGUCUAUGGCUGUUGGUGGCAGUCAAUGCCAGGCAAUUAGGUAAUUUUGGGCCAUUUAAGGUCCCACUGGAACAGCACCAAACAAAAGUUCCAGCAUCAUCACCUUGUCCAAUGCAGAUUCUUGACUCUUGACACCUUGUCCAAUGCAGAUUCUUGACUCUUGACAAGGUGAUGAUACUUUGUUUGGUCCCGUUCCAGUGAGAUUUACAAAGACAACUGCCUGAAGAAGACAUCAAAAUUCCCUCAGUCCUUGAUGAUAUGGGGUUACAUGUCAGGCAAAGGCACUGGGGAGAUGGCUGUGGUUGAAUCUUCAGUAAAUGCACAAGUUUACAUUGAAAUUUUAGACAGCUUUCUUAUCCCUUCAGUUGAAAAUGUUUGUAAUUUUCCAAGAUGACAACGCAUCAUGCCACAGACCUAAAACUGUUAAAGCAUCCCUUGGAGAAAGACUCAUCCAGUCAAUGCCAUGGCCUGCAAAUAGCCCUUGACAUCUUUUUAAAACGAUAUCUCGAUUCUUGGCAGGAGCGUAUCGAUAACCUUUUGGGAUACAAAGUAUCACGAUAUGUCAAGAUUUCGAUAUUUUGUCACACCCCUAUUAAGUACAGGGAAAAUGUAACUCACCAGAUGCUGAAUCAACCUAUAUUUUAACUGUGGCCUCUCCUAAAACUUAGCGGCAAAUAUCCUUGGUCAUAAUAAGUUCUUCUCUAAUCGUGAAAAGUUUCUUGGCUUUAGCAUUACGGUUCCCCACGAGGUUUAAUGCUCUCAGUGCUUUCGCUUUUGUUGAUGUGGUGGCCUGAGAUCAGGGGAUACCCACCCCACCGGCAGGGGACAAAAAGCACCACUCCAGGCCCUACGGCCCCCAGCAGGCCCCCGCCGACGAGCCCGUUGACAGAAGGGCCGCGGCAGCCGCCUUUGGACAACUCUUUGGUCUUAGCCAUAUUAGAAGUUUGAGUCUGAUAUUAUGGGGUGGACAGGUGUCUUGGUGCUGCUAUCGACCUCAAACAAGCGCAUCUGAUUCAGGAUAAUACAUGGAGUGGAGGUGGACUGGACUAACAGGUCUUUCAGGGUCAGAAUUGUAGCUGAUUGACAGGUGUUUGAAU